CUUUUUCUCUCAUGAGAGAAUUUACGUCAAAAUCACUCCAUGUUAAAAACAGAAACGUGGUAGAAAAAUUAUUUUUACUUCACAUCAUAAGCAAUUUGAUAUUUUAGUAAUACGGACAACCUCGAAUACAUCACUAACACCGUCUAUCUAACAUUUUCAUUUUUCUCGAGAAAUGCUUAAAUAAUCAUAAACGUGAGCAGAAGUGAUUCAGAAAUAAAAAUCUAAGCAUGAAUAAUUCGAUUAAAGUGCAUAAAUCUUUGAUGCUAUUAAAGAGAAAUUACAGCCAAAUCAAUUUAGAAAUAAUGCUAAGUGACGAAAAUAAACGAAAGACAAUAGAAAAGUUCAAGAAAUAUACAAAAUUAAGAUUUGCCGAAAAGAAUCCUGAAAAGCAUGCGGCAAUUUUGAUUCCUAUGUGUAUAACAAACAAUGAGAUAAGCAUUUUGUAUACGAUUAGAAGCAGUAAGUUAAGGAAUUAUUCAGGUCAAGUUUGUUUUCCAGGCGGAAAAAUGGAUGACACCGACAAUCACGAAAUCGAAUGUGCAUUAAGAGAAACCGAAGAAGAAAUCGGAUUAAGUUCUCAAUACAUAAAAAUAUGGGGUUCUGGUUCUCAAAUAACGCCAAGAGAUGGUCCAUCGAUUCUUCCCAUCAUUGCUGAAGUCGAAAACUUUUCACACACAAUGCUCACUAAAAAUCCUGAAGAAGUGGAAAAGAUUUUCACGAUUUCCCUUGACCGGCUUCGUGAUCCGACGUUUAUUCGUCACACACAGUUCAAAAGUCGAAGUGGCAACUCUUCAGGCUUCUCAAUGCCAGUUUAUCUUGGCGGCGACAUGAGGUUCUGGGGAAUGACUGCGACAAUCACACAUUUUCUACUUUGUUCAAUGCUGCCUAAAGAACUUUAUAAUCGUCGAAUGCCGUUUGUCAAUAAAUAUGAUACAACAAACUGAUUGUAAAAAGUGCUAUCAACUGAUAUGAUUAUGGCAACUGCGUUGUCAUUCAUAACAUCGCUCGUCUGUGUUAUAUUUUCUUGACCGAUAUAUGAAAAUUUAAUUUAUUUAAAACAGAAUUAAGGACUCGAGACCAAAUCAAUUAAGUUUAAAAUGUUGACUUUUAUUUGUGGAACUUUUCUUUUGUGUUAAUAGUUGAUGGACAUUGUUUUAACUUCUUUAAAAAUUAACAAAUGAAAAAAAAUUGAAAAGUUAUCAGUUAGAGUGAUGCAGUGAAAAUGAAAUAUUGUUGAGUAUUAAUUAUUGUUAAUUGGUAUAUAAAUGAAACGUAAAUGUUUAAUAUAGAACUAGACUGCAUAUCAAAUAGCUGCUAAUUUUCCUUAUAUCUAUUUUAGUAUCAUGUGUCAUGAUAUUGCAUUUUAUGAGAAUAAUGAUGAUUAUUAUUGUGAGGGAUUAAAAUUAAUAUCUAUUGAAGUUAUUUAAUAAAAAAUAAAUGAAAAUAAUUCUGCUUGGAAUCUUAUAAGGAAUGAGAUAUUCUAAAAAGUUUUUCAUACUUUAAAUGAUUUCCAA